UUGGUCAGGCAGAAUCUUUGGCUCAAAAACCCCUCUCUCUCAAAUCGGCCAUGAGCAACCAUCUCCGUCGCCGGCAAACUGCGUCACGUCUCUCAUUCGGUUGAUACCACUUCCAAAAAACACCGCUUUUCAUUUUUAUCACCUCUCUUGAUCUUGCACAUUCACUGCCUUUCAGUCUCAGGUGAAAAUGGAACCUAUGGACAUUGUUGGCCGAACAAAGGAGGAUGCUUCCCUUCCAAAAGCAACAAUGACAAAAAUCAUCAAAGAGAUGCUACCUCCAGAUGUUCGUGUUGCUAGAGAUACUCAAGAUCUUUUAAUUGAGUGCUGUGUAGAGUUUAUCAAUCUUGUUUCGUCUGAAUCCAAUGAAGUCUGUAACAGAGAAGAUAAAAGAACAAUUGCACCAGAACAUGUGCUCAAGGCCUUAGAGGUUCUUGGAUUUGGGGAGUAUAUUGAAGAAGUUUAUGCUGCGUAUGAGCAGCACAGGCUUGAGACAGUGGACACCGUGAGAAGUGGGAAAUGGAGCAACGGAGCUGAAAUGACUGAAGAAGAAGCAUUGGCAGAGCAGCAGAGGAUGUUUGCUGAGGCACGUGCUCGGAUGAAUGGAGGUGGCUCGGGUUCCAAGCAGUCGGACCCUGAGACCCAACCAAGUGCAAGCAGUAACUCAUUUACUUUAUCAACCAUUUAGUAGGCUAGGUAGGUCACUCUUCUCUCAGGACUCAUCUUUCUUCUCGUAUUAUGUACAAAAUACUCGUGGGAGUAAUGUUGUGGCUCAGUUUAAGUUAAGAACUUAUAGUAGUGUAUCUAUACAGAUUUAGUUGUAAUUUAAAUUGUUUCUCAAGAUUCUCAAUA